AUGGCCGACGCACUGAAGGCCGAAGGCAACAAGCUCUUCUCCGCCAAGCAGUUUCCCGAAGCUAUCGAAAAGUUCUCCCAGGCUAUUGAAGUCGACCCCUCCAACCAUGUGCUCUACUCCAACCGCUCCGCAUGCUACGCCUCGCUGAGGGACUUCGACAAUGCCCUCAAGGACGCCGAGAAGACGACCGAGAUCAAGCCUGACUGGAGCAAGGGCUGGGCCCGCAAAGGCGCAGCCUUGCACGGCAAGGGCGACCUCGUCACUGCCGUCGACUCGUACGAAGAGGCUGUCAAGCUCGACCCCGCCAAUGCUCAGGCCAAGUCCGGCCUCGACGCUGUCCAGCGCGCCAUCCAGGCCGAGGCAAGCCGCGACGGCGCCGACCCCAGCGGCGGCCUGGCCGACAUGUUCAACGACCCCCAGCUCAUCCAGAAGCUUGCCUCGAACCCCAAGACGGCAAACCUGCUGGCCGAUGCCGAGUUCAUGCAGAAGCUCCAGCGCAUAAAGCAGAACCCCCAGAGCGUCGGCAUGGAGAUGCGCGACCCGCGCUUCCUCCAGGUCAUGAGCGUGCUGCUCGGCAUCGACAUGUCGUUCGGCCAGCCGCCCGAGGGCGCCCAAGAGGCCCCCAAGCCCGCCGAGGCCGAGGAGGACGUGCCCAUGCCUGAUGCCAGGCCCGCCGAGGAGCCCAAGAAGGCUCCCGAGCCCGAGCCUGAACCCGAACCCGAAGACGAGGAGGCCCAGAAGAAGAAGGAGCUCAAGGCGAAGGCCGACGAGGAGAAGGCUCUUGGUACUCAGUUCUACAAGAAGAGGCAGUUCGAUGAGGCCAUCGAGCACUACACGAAGGCGUGGGACACGUACCAGGACAUUACCUACCUCACCAACCUGGGUGCCGCCAAAUUCGAGAAGGGUGAUUACGACGGCGCCAUCGAGGCGUGCCAGAAGGCCGUCGACCAUGGCCGUGAGGUCCUCGCUGACUUCAAGCUGAUCGCCAAGGCGUUCGGCCGCAUUGGUACCUCGUACGAGAAGAAGGGCGAUUAUGCCAAGGCCAUUGACAACUACCAGAGGUCCCUCACCGAGCACCGCACCCCCGACAUUCUCACCAAGCUUCGUGCGGUCGAGAAGACCAAGAUCAAGGCCGAGAAGGAGGCCUACAUCGACCCCCAGAAGGCCGAGGAGGCUCGCGAGCUCGGCAACGAGAAGUUCAAGAACGCAGACUGGGCCGCUGCGGUCGAGGCUUACACGGAGAUGAUCAAGCGGGCGCCCGAGGAUGCUCGCGGUUACAGCAACCGCGCCGCCUGCUACAUCAAGCUCCUGGCCUUCCCCUCGGCGGUUCAGGAUUGCGACGAGGCCAUCAAGCGCGACGAGAAGUUCAUCCGUGCGUACCUCCGCAAGGCCCAGGCUCUCCAGGCCAUGCGCGAGUACAACAAGGCGCUGGAUGUGCUCACCGAGGCGGCCGGGCACGAUGACGGCAAGAAUGCUCGUGAAAUCGAGCAGGCGCAGCAGAAGUCGAUCCAGGCGCAGUUCUCGGCACGGGAAGGCGAGACCGAGGAGCAGACGAUGGAGCGUAUCCAGAGGGACCCUGAUUGGACAGAUCGUGGCGAUUCUGCAAGACCCCAUCAUGCAGAGCAUCCUCCAGCAGGCCAAGGGCGAUCCGGCGGCUCUGCAGGAGCACAUGAAGAACCCGCAAGUGCGCGCGAACGUCCAGAAGCUGAUCGCGGCCGGCGUCAUCCGCAUGGGCCGGUAGAGGAUGGAGCCGAUGACUCGGACAGCUCUUCGUCGGCCUCAGGUGAAGACUCGACGGCGAUUGAUAUCCCUGUCAUCACCGUAUCCGGCCCGGGCGGGGAAGAAUUUGAGCCAGAGAUGGACGAGACUGAUGAGGACGAGAAUGAUGAGACGGACGAGCUGGACGAGCUGGACGAGCUGGACGAGCUGGACGAGCGAGCCAUGAGGGAGUUUGCGGACAUGGUGAUGGGCACGGGACUGCAGCCGGUCUAG